AUGUGCAAGAUGAAGGAGUUGGUGGCACUGUUGCUUGUGGCUGUUCAAAUCCAAAACGUCAAGCCUGUAAUCCAUAUACUUAAGUAUAUCCAUACUACUUCGUCGUCUCAAAUUCCAAACUUCCCAGACUACUUGGCUGUCGGUUAUGUUGACGGCGUUCAGAUUUCCCACUAUGACAGCAAGAGUAGGAAUUAUACACCUAAACAGGAAUGGAUGAACAAAAUAACACCCGAGGAUCCGAGUUACUGGGAGAGAAACACACAGAGGAAUAUUGUUCUUGAGGACACCGACAAAGUCAACAUUAAAUUAGUUCAAACACGCUUCAACCAAACUGGAGGUGUUCACAUGAUUCAGUGGCUAUCUGGCUGCGAAUGGGACGAUGAGACCGGCAAGGUUGAUGGUUGGCAACACUUUGCUUACGACGGAGAAGACUUUUUAUCCUUUGAUUGGAAGGGACUGAGGUGGAUCGCGGUCAAGCCACAAGCUGUGAUCACCAAACAUAAGUGGGACCAAUUGGAAAGCUACAAUCAAUACAAGAAGUAUUACUACACUGAGGAAUGUCUUGCUUACCUGAAGAAGUUUGUGAGCUAUGGGAGGGACUUCCUCAUGAGAACAGAGCUUCCGCGGAUCUCCCUGCUGCAGAAGACGCCGCUGUCGCCGGUGACCUGCCACGCCUCGGGUUUCUACCCCAGAAAUGCUUCCCUUUUUUGGAGGAAGGACAGAAAGAGGAUCUCUGAGGGUGGGGAGAUAGGCGAGACCCUCCCCAACCACGACGGGACCUUCCAGGUCACCGCCCACCUCAAAGCGGUUGACGCUAACGCCAAUUAUGAAUGCGCUUUCCAGCUGUUCAGCGGCCGGGACAACAUUAUUGUCCCACUGGACGCUGCCAACGUCCUGAGCAACAAGCGCAUUGAAGGUGAGCCGUACGCUUUCUUCCUUGUCAAACACGUUCGUCACGUCUGUUGCUUUGUGAAGCGGAAGAAAGGAGGAAGACGGCACUGGCCGUUGGCGUCCCCGUUGGCGUUACUCGCCCUGACGCUCACGAUCGUUGUUGUGAUCAUCGUCAAAUACAGAAAAGCCAAAUACAUCCAAGCUGCCGUCCACGCCGAUUCUGAGCUAUCUUCCUACGAGAGCCCUCCCGAGACCGCUUCUUCUACCGCAGAGACCCCUUUAGCUGAGCCCGCUCCCGAACGUUGGAAGAUGAUCGCGAUGUCACCUCGCAAGCACUGUCACAUCAUGCAGGAAUUGAAAAGAGAUUUCUUUUAG